CAAUCUGACACAUUUCUUUGCAUACUCCCUUUUCUUCCCAAGAAGCUGCUAAUUUGUUGAAACUGCCGUUAUCGGACAACUAUAGCAUAUAUGUAGGUGUCAUACGAACUGAUCGGUCGGACUUAAGUUCUAGUAUGGAAAACUUUUUUAUUUGACGAAAAUCACGAAAUUUGGCAUAUAUCAUUAUCUAAGGCUUCGCUACAAACUCCGAACAGCUGAAAUAAACGGUUUUUAUUGUUUUUGUGUUUAGCAAGUCAACUUACAAACUAAAAUAAUAUUAUAGUUUUGACGAGUUUCCAUGGAUACUUUCGAUUUAUUUUGUCGAUAAAUAAUUCGUUCUCUUUGUAGACUGCUCUUCAGUUCAUCUAUGAUUUGUAUUAUUAAUUAAAUUAAAGACAAAAGAAUUAAAAAAUACUUAACCAUGGAGGUUAUGGAAGAAGGAAAUUUGAUGGACAGGGUCCCAGUAUUGUUGCAGCGAGAUUUACAGUUUUAUCAGACACACCAAAGAGUUCUGCAGGAGCGCAUUUGCCUUGGCGUGGUAGGAGGGAAACUAGAUUUCCCACGUUACGCCUCGUUUGCUGCGAUUAAAAUUGUUUUAUGGUGGGAAGAUGAAUAUUAUGCUUCCUACCAAAAGCAUUCUGGAUUAUUGCAUGCAGAAUGGGAUCUGUUGUCACAUGAUCCGACAGCUGUUAUUGUGAAAACAUCAGAUCCUGAAAAAUUCGUAAAUCUCGUAACGCGGUCGGCUGAUAUGCUUUUGGAGCAUUUACAUAUACUAUCGCAGGAGUCCUUAGAUCAUGCUGAUCUCUCUGUGCUGACUGCAACAAUUGGAGCGGCGGCGCUCAUAAAAAAUUGUUUAAAUAUUUACAUGCAAGCAGCUAAUGUAAAAGUCUAUCGUCCAAAGGGCAAUGAAAAGGGUGGCGCAUUAAGAUUGUCCUACAAGCAAUAUUUACAAAUGGCUGAAGCGCUAGCGGAAAGGCUAUUAGAUUUACAUUGUAGACUGCUGUUGUUGUACAUCGUACAAGAUGCCGAUUGUUUGAAUUGGGAAAAUAGUCAGCCGUUUUUCGAAUCAGAGCGCGGUUCUUACUCCAUACAAAUGUGGUGGCACUACAUUCAGGGCAUUAAGGACGACCUGUGGAAUUCAGUACCGCCAAAGAUGGCCCAACGUAUUUUUGCGGGAAUUUUAAACGAAACUCUGGGUGUACUUACAGCGCGAUAUUCGUUAAUUUUAACUAGUGUUGAAAGAGCUCAGUUACACUUGGCAGAUAUCUCUAAUAUGUUGUUUUGUGUAGCAGAAUUGUUGCCUUUCAUCUGUGAGAGUGGUGAAGCCUAUAUAGGUCUACAGCUUCCUACUCAAAAUGCUAUUAUCCGCGAUGUACACGCUAAGUGUCGAGAGUUGUUUUACUGCCUCUUGUUACGUGGUGCGCCGUUAGGAGUGCUGUCAAAGCUUUGUCGUAAAAAUAUUGACAACAUGGAAAUGUUUUCGUCCAGACAAGGAUUACCAUGUGCUUGGAUCUUAUUUGCAUCACCCCGUCUGUUUUCUACGGAUAAGACUUUUCAGUGGGUAACUGAAUUCGGUGAUCUCAGCUCGAGAAUUGCAAUAUCGCUGGAAUUGAAGGUACUUUUGGCGUUUCCCGAAGCUGAUUGGGCAUACUUAUUAAAGGUGCUUUUAAUGCGCAACGCACAGGUGACCGGUAUAAUUCUUCGUCAUAUUUUCUCAUACUUGCCGUCACCAGAGAAUUUCAAUAACGAGAAUAGCUCAUUUCUCAGCGACGUUAGUGAACAGAAAAAAUGCGAGGCAUUUCUUUGUAGGGGUGAAUGUUUAGAUUUAUCGGAUCAAAUUAGAAAUCAAGCAGACCCUGUCGGCCAAUCUAACUACCAAAUAGUUUUAUCCUUAACUUAUCUGUUGGUGGCAGUUGGAAAAGCUGUCGAUAUUAAAUCGUGCCUCAUAAAAGCUUUAGAAGAGAGUCCUGCUGGUUGGAGUGACUGCCUUGAUAAGCGCCAGGUUUGGAAUCAAAAGCGACCACCUUGGCUGGAAGCAGUUAUGCAUUUUGUAUAUCCGGUUCUGAAUUGCGUUGUUGACAUGUUAGUUAAUGCUGUCGAAGCGGGAGCUAGUAUGUACCAGGCAAUGUCAUUGGCUUUAACAUGUGUUUCCGAGAUGUGGGAUUGUAUACCCGAGAGUCUUUACAAAGUAACAAUUUUAUUGCAAGACAUUAUACCAGUUUCAACUCGUCCUCUUGGAGAUUCGGUACUCAUGCAAGUAGUUUUUGCAGCUUUAUAUACAGACCUCAUCCGAAAAGCUAAAUUUUAUGAAAAUAAAAACAAAAUGGAGAAGGCAUCAACCUGCUAUUCCAUCUCCGAAGCUAUAUGCUGUAUUGACGAAGACGACAAACACACCGAUCAAAUCGAUUUAUUUUUAAAACAAACACGAGACUCCAUAGCUGUCGAAACAAAUUCUCACUUUGAAUAUAACGGUGGAGCACGCAGUUGGGUGAGCACAUUAAGUACGGUGAAGAUUGAUGAUUUAAAUAACACAAACACGGAACGAUUAACACAAAGUCCACCGAUAAAUUAUGCCUCGGAGUUAGAUGUGGGUAUAGCAGAUUAUAUAGCAGACAUAUUGGUUAGUGAUGUCCUCACAAUUAAUAUUGGAAGGCAAGCUUUAAAGGUGAUCUUGAACCUAAUGAGAGAUUUAUUAAGUGCAUAUACAACUUUUAAUUUUCAUGGAUUCGCACCAAAGACUAGUUAUAGAUAUUUGAAGAAUAAUGCAGAUUGGUUAGAGGAGCAAUUGGGUUCUGGUGUCCCAGUUAGUGGGCCUAACCCGGGACAGAGGAUCAAUGAACAAAAGGACUCGAUAUUGUCAACAAUGUUUUUUGUUGGAAGUCACACGUUUGACCAGCUUCUCAGCGGUGUCCUAAAUAUCGACUACAUUACUUGGCUUCAAACACCUCUAUCUUUAAAUGCCGAACGAGCUUGGCUGCAUUUGUCGCGUCGUUGCGAUUUCCAAGAAGACUCAAAACUUAGAAUGCCCGAGGUGACAAUGGUCGCUGGUAUUACGCAAGUGAUGAAAAAAAUGAAGUACCCAAAGAAAUUUUAAGCAUAUUUCUAGUUGACACACAUACUUAAAAUACGCGUACAUACGUGAGUUACUAUCUUGUUUGCGUAAAAUAAUUGAAAAGUGAAACAGUAGAUAAUAAUUGGUUUGGAAUUUUUAGUUUAAAUAUAAAUUAGUUAAAACAAUAUUAUAAAAAAAUAUUUAAAUGUCAUAAUAUCUACACAUAUAUUUUAAAUAAAAAUAAUAAAAAAAUUAUGAGAAAAUAGGCAAAAAGGUAAUCCUACUGAGCUUUUGAUGUUCUGCGGCGAAUUAGCAGAGCUAAUGUAUUUUUUGCUAAUUUUAUUGAAAAAAAUCAUAUUUACAAGUAAUUCUACAAAUGAAAACAACAUGUUCAAUAAUAUGCUAACGAAAGCAUUUUUAGGCACUUGCGUAUUCUAUAGUAAUUUUUUGAUUUAUGCUUAUCGUUAUUUAUGGCAGUUUUUGCAAUGCGCAUAUAACCCAUAUUUCUUUAGAGGCGUAAAAUUAUUUUAUAUGUUUUGCUGAUUCAAAAAAAAAAACAUUAAAAUUUAAACUUUAGUAUCCACAAAAAUUUAAUCGAAUUGAAUUCACACGGAAAAUCAAGAAAUUUGAACUUGCUGCAAGACCUAUCUACUCUUAAUUAUUUAUUAUUUGUUUCACAUAU